CCCCAGGUCAGCCCCGAUUGAAGAGACCUAUGAUGAAAGGCAUUCCAGCUUUGGCACCAAAGUGACAGUACUUAUAAGCAGAAAAGAUGGGGACAAGAUUGCAACCCUUCUCGACAAUGGGACCAAGGUACAGAUGCACAUUUCACGCCUACAGCCACCAUCCACCCUCAACAUCAGCCGUACAUCCAUAUUGUUCGUAUCCAUAUCAUUCAUAGUUCUGAUGAUUAUAUCCCUUACGUGGCUAAUCUUCUACUACAUCCAACGUUUUCGCUAUGCUCAUGCCAAGGAAAGACUCACGAAACGUCUUGCAAAUGCUGCUAAAAAGACAAUCGCCAAAAUUCCUCAGAGGACUAUUAAAUCUGGAGACAAAGAACUGGAAUCAGAUUAUGACCAAUGUGCAGUCUGUAUUGAGGGCUACAAACCUUCUGAUGUCAUUAGGAUUCUUCCAUGCAAACAUAUUUUACAUAAAUCCUGUGUGGAUCCAUGGCUGUUAGAACAAAGAAGUUGUCCCAUGUGUAAAAUGGAUAUCCUUAGAGCAUAUGGAAUGCCUGUAAAUGGUAGCCAAGAGAGCGUGAACCAAGCAGUAGAAGUAGAAAGUGUCACUACAUCUGGAGGAGUGAUCGAAGACAAUGUCAACGGACGGAAUGACAUGCUGGAGGAGAGCGUUGUUCACUUACAGAGCAGCUCCGUUCAUUUUCGCACAUCUCCAAUUGAAGUGAAAGGCGAAUGCUCUCUAGAGGCAACUGAAAGACUAAUGGAACCAGCAUUGCCUCCGCUGAUGCCGGCUGGCAGUCUCGAGAGCAUCCAUUCUCUUGAUUCCGACUGCAAUGAAUUCCAAUCUCUUAUGAUCAAACCCAAAAAAGCCAGCACAAGUAGUUUAUCACACAAUAAUAUAGCUUAAUGGAAAGCUUUAGAAUAACAAAUACCACUGGAAAACGUAUGUGAUGGCAGAGAAUAAAUGUGAGUAAAAAAAGAAUAACAAAAAAAAAAAACGAAAAUUCUUCUGAUGGAAAUUAAAGCAGAAGAUUUUUUUCUUAUUUUGAACUGGUCAAAAAAAAGACCCAAACAAAUGAAAAAUAUAAAAAUAUCAUUGGCAUUAAUUAAAUAAUGAUAUUGGUGAUAAUGUUUGUUAACAAUCAUAACGACUUUGGACACACACACAUACAUAUAUAUGUGUGCAUGCUUCUCAUACACAGAAUGUUCACAAACUAAGCAGGAAGGAAAGAGGAUAGAUAUAAAAAAAAUAAAUAAAACUUUUUUUAAAAUCCGAGAUGAAAUGUUCCCAAGUCUUGGAUGAUAUCUGAAAUUUAUAUUCCCCGGUUUAAAGAAAUAAAGAAGUUUUUUUGAAAAUAAUUGAAUUAAGAAAAAAAAUAAAAAAAGGAUUCUGGAAAUCAAUUGAUGUGCUUCUUUAUAAAUAUAAUGACUAUUAUAAUGAUA